GGAGUCGUGAACGCACCCUCCAUUGAGAAGUUCGUCAGUCACUCACACGGUAGCAAGCUGCGGAAUUUGAAGAGUUCUACUGCCGUUAUUCUUGUCUACAAUGAGAGAACUUCACUUUAAGGAUUGCUUUUGGGGAUUUCACCGGCACUGGGGGUUAUGAAAGUAUCAUCCAGCACCUCAACGAUGGCAAGAAGACAUGCAAGGAGAUAGAAGACUUCAUGAAAGCCAGGUGAGAAGCCAUAGCAUCCAUAGAGGAGAAGUAUGCCAAAGAGCUACUGGGUCUCUCCAAGAAGGUGUGUGGGUGCAAUGAGAUGAACACACUGAAGAGAUCGCUGGAUGUGUUCAAACUGCAGACUGAACAUGUGAGUUUGUCACACCUACAACUGGCACAAACAAUGAGGGAUGAGGCAAAAAAACUUGGGGACUUCAGGGAGAGACAGAAAGAGGCAAGGAAAAAGGUUGAACAACAGAUGGAUGCCCUACACAAACAGAGGGCCACUCAGUUCAAGAAAACCAUGGAGUCAAAGAAGACAUAUGAGCAAAAGUGUCGAGACAAAGAGGAAGCAGAACAGAACAUGAACCGAAAUGCAAGCACCAGUAACGCCAAGCAGCAGGAAAAGCUAUUUGCGAGAACAAAUCAAGCAAAAAUGAAUGCUGAGGUAGCUGACAGGCUAUACAUGCAGAAUGUGACUGCGCUGGGAAGAAUCAGGGAGGACUGGCAGAAGGAGCAUGUCAAAGCAUGCGAGGUAUUUGAGAAGCAGGAAGUUGAGAGGAUUAACACUCUAAGGAACAUGGUGUGGACUCAUCUCAACCAGCUCUCCCAGCAGUGUGUCACCAGCGAUGAGCUAUAUGAGGAAGUGAGGAAGUCUCUUGAACAUUGCGACAUACAGGAGGACAUUGAACACUUUGUGAACCUCAGACGGACUGGGGAUAAACCACCAGCUCCUAUUCUGUAUGAUAACUUCUACGGCAGUCAGAGGGUCCCCAUAGCACCAUCAGUCACCCAAAUGGCUCCAUCUAUCACCAGGAGACCACUGCCUAAUCCAACCAACACCGGAGGUGAGGUAUAUUUAUCUAUGGGUAUUGAUAUCGACUGCCUGGUGGAAUGCUGAGUGUGGAUCCCUUCAGUGAUGGAUGUAAAGAGUGGACUUUGUGCUUUGUGCAUUCAACAGCCUUGACAAACUAAUUCAGAAACACCACCAACGCUGACGUUAAGUACAGCAUGUUUUGAUUAUGUCAUCAUCAUUGUGGUUUUAUAGCUGUGUUAUAAACAGUAAGGUUAAGUGUCAUAGCUCAUAUACAAUAUAUGUCAAUUGGUAAUAUAUUUAGUUUUUGUACAGUCUAAACCAGGAAAUAUUGUUAAAGCAAAAAUAAAAGUAAUCACUACAA